AUGGACCCUGAUAAGCAAGGUGCUCUUAACAGUAUUGAGAAUUCUGUAUAUAGAACAGCUUUCAAAUUGCGAUCUGUGCAGACUCUGUGCCAACUGGACCUGAUGGACAGCUCCCUGAUCCAGCAAGUUCUGCUACAUCAGAGCUUCGCCGUCAGCAGGGAGAGCUCCAUCUCGGUGCAGCAGCUUUUUCAGACACUCCAAGAAUUAUUUGGGAGAGCCAGGGCAGGAAAACCAGGACAGGUGCACCCCAGAGCUGCUGAGCUCGCUCUGAGCCUCCUCGUGGCGAUGUACGACAGCACAGCAUCGAGUGCCCUCAAGCUCCUGCCCGUGGCCACAGCCCUGAUUGCCCUCUCGGGGGACAGCCCUCUUACAAAGUACAGAGCUCUUUUUCAGCUCUAUGUAGAAAAUAACAGGGGAGGAUCUGAAUCCUGUGCACGCAUGACUCGGAGGGUUCUGAGAAACUUACUAACAGAUCUGCAGCAGAUCCCAACUGUCGUGGGGGAGAGUCGCUCUCUGUGCUCCGUGGAAAGUGCCAUACGCAGCUGUUUCCGAGGGGUGUUGAGCCCAGGAAUCAAGGAAGAGAAAUUCCUCUCGUGGGCACAGUCUGAGCCGCUCAUCCUCCUGUGGCUCCCAACCUGCCACCGACUGUCAGCCACUGAAGCUCUCAGCCACCCUGUGCGGUGCUGUGUCUGCGGAGCCUUCCCAGUCACAGGGCUGAGAUACCGCUGUCAGAAGUGCCUCAACUUUGACAUCUGCCAGGUGUGUUUCUUGUCUGAUCUUCACAGCAAGUCCCACCAGAAGUCACAUACCACAACCGAGCCCUGUGUUCAGGUAACAUCUAAUGAGCACACAAAACUCCUCCUCAGGACGCUCAGAAUCAACCUGCGGAAGAGGCGCCUUGGGAAACAAGCUAUAGGAAGAGACUGGCCGCUGGACCAGCCCACGCCACAGGGCAUGCACCACCAUGCCCAGUUUAUGCUCCUUCAAAAACAGUUAAAGCAAUGCAAAGCCAAGUUACGAGCUAUGUAUACCUCCCAGGAAGAAAAAAGUUGCAGAUUUGAAACAGAGAUUCAAGAACUCACAACCAACCAGGAUAGUCUACGGCACACGCUACAGCAAAUGGGACAGGAUCUUCAGGCAAUGUUGAAACCACCCUGUCCUUCACCUUCCUCUCAAAACCUCGUGUCCAUGGUUGAGCAGUCUUCAGCUGAUAGGCUAUGGAGAGGAGACUCUUCCCACAUCAAGAGUGUCACUGGGGACGGUCUAGGAUGGGAACCUCCUACGGACUCUGCCGAGGCUGACGGAAAUCACAGAAGUAAUGGAAGCCUACAGCAAGCUCUGCCAAACUCAGAGCCACAAAAGACCAUUUUGCAAAGUAGCCGGGCACAAAGCCAUGCACAAAAGAUGCUGAAGGAAACCCACAGCUCUCUACACCACUGCCAGGAUGGACUGCUGUUGGACAAACCCCAGAUUUCCCCUGCUGAAUUGAGCAGUCCUUCCUGGGAGCCCGUGGAAGGAAAGGAGACAAGUCAUGUCGAUGACAGAAAAGAUGAGCUGGAAGGAGAGGAACUGCAAGAAUUAUUGUCCAAGCUCCUGGAGGCCUUCAGUCUAGAAGGGCCAUCGGACCCACAGCCUUCAGUGGACAUGGACGUGCAUGGGCGUGCUGAGCAGGUGUGCGAGACCUUCUCUGCCCUUGUGGAACAGAUCACCUUGCCCCACCUGAAGUGA